AUACGUAACCUACCGACCUAACCUACAAUUGUGGUGCUUCAAAGUGAUUUUAAAAAUAAGAAUUUCUUAUAAGAAAAUAAUAUUUUGUAGUCAAACAUGACACUUUAUCACUUUGGUAAUUGUAUAGCACUUAUUUAUGUUCCCUAUUAUCUCACGUAUAAAUAUUCAGGAUUGUCCGAAUAUGGGGCAUUUUGGAAGUGUAUUCAAGCUGGUUCUACUUAUAUCUUUACUCAACUAGCAAAAAUGUUAGUGUUAGCAACGUUCUUUCCAGACAGUGAAACAGAUACUAUAGACUUUUUAGGUGAAUUCCUAAAAGCCACAGUAGAUCUGACAGAUUUAGUAGGUCUAUAUUUAAUUUUAAAAAGUAUUCCUGGAAAAGGGCACAGCAAAGUUCUAACUGCUGGAAUAGGUUGGGCAACAGCUGAAGUAAUUCUUUCAAGGGCCCUUCUUCUUUGGGUGGGUGCAAGAGGAGCAGAGUUUGAUUGGAAAUACAUUCAAAAAUCACUAGAAUCAAAUAUUGCAUUGGUACAGCACAUUUCCACAGCUACUUUGGUUUGGUUGUGGACAAGACAUGAUUUGAAAGCCCGUUUAAGACCCAUAGUUGUAUCAUUAUUAAUAUUUUCAUCCUAUAAAGCUUUAAUACUGGAUUUAUUGUUUAAAUCUUUAGCAAUAGGUCCAUGGAUUGCAUUGUCAUUAAAAGCAAUAAUUACUAUUACAUCUAGUUUUGUUACACUUAUAUUGUAUGCAGGGCUUGCCCAAGCAAUUGGAAUAUUUUAAUAAUUGUUAAUUUAAAAAAUGAACAAAUUAGUUUCAUUAUAAUUAUUCAAAAACAUGAUAAUAAACAAUUAUUCUUUUGUGUUAAUUGUAAAUUUUUGUAUUCAACUGAAAUAUAAUACCAUUAGGACCAUAAAGAAAUAUUAUUUAUUACAUGUUAGAAGUCCUGAUAUUUGAACUGAGUUUCUGUCAUUAAAAGUUUUUGAAUCAGGCUAUGGUAAAUUACAGAUUUUUAACAAACGCUUUUCGAAAUAUUAAUGAAAUAUCCUUUUUAUUAAUUCUUUAUAUUACAAACAAUAAAUAUACAACAGAUAAACUAGUAACUGUGAUGUAUAUAACUACGAUAUAUGAACGAGAAUAUUAAUGUUCCAUUUUUUAUUCUCUGUUUUGCGUGUGUGUGGCUAGUAAACUAAUUGUUAAAAGAGGGAAAUUUCAGAAUAAUUUUUGCUGACUACCGUGACUUCGGAAUCGCUUUUUAUUAGCGAAAGGACGAAUUUUUUUUUUGUUUACAAAACCUCAGAUAAAGAAAACCCAAAACAAA